AUGUUUUUCAGGUUCUUGGUGUUAUUUUUCACCAUUGCAACGAUUGUUCUUUCGUCGUGGGCAUUGGUGGGCUCGUGGAAAAACGAACCAUACUUGACCAACAAUUACUUGCUCAGCUUCCAAUUGUCGAACCUCAAUGUCAGCGCGCUACUAAAGGAUGCUGUCGACCAGAACAUGAGAAGAGACUUUGUUCCCGUUGAGAUUCAGGACGUGGACUUCAAACCAACCCCAACAUCGCCAAUUGCUCCUGCUAUCACCGACGCGGCUGCUCAGAUCGAGAAAAAGGACUUGGGUCAACUCACUUCAUUACUUGCCUCAGUCACCACCUUGGCUCCUUCCCAGCUCUUGAGUAGAGCCACCGAGCUCGCGUCAUUGACAUCUCAGCUCUCAAUCCAAACAAGCGACCUCCCCAACUUGAUUCAGUCUGCAGACCCAACAAAGAUUGUCUCUGAAUUGCAACAGAUCGCAUCCUCGUUAUCUCUUCCGCCUUCUUUGGCUACUCUUGCCGCUGGCUUCAAUGGAGACACAGAGGAUUUAAUUAAUCGUAUCGCUGCCAACACUAAUGCUUCACAAUUGGGUCUUGCCGACAUGUACAACAUUGGUUUCUGGGGUUACUGUAAGGGUGACAUCCACGGAAUCCGCGAGCAGAUCCCCGAACUUGGUUCUUUUGGUACUCAAUUCAGCAACAAGGAUGUCAACUAUACCUACUGUACACCUCCUAAGGUAGGAUACACUUUUGAUCCAUUGCAAGUUUUGAAAACAGACAUUAUUGACCACAUCCAGCAGACAGCCCAAGAAACUGCCUCAGGUCCGCUUGCAUCAAUUACCAACGCAUUAGCAGCUCAAGUGGUGGGCUUAGUCAAUCUGAUUACCUAUGAGACAAUUGGAUUACCCGGCGACUUGCAAAAUGCUAUUCCAUUGUUGGGAAGAUUAACAAACGCUGGUUUUGCCUUGAUUCUCGCUGGCGCAGCACUUGCCUUUAUCUCCUUAAUCUUCCAAUUGGUAGGAAUGUGUUGCUCACCGGACAAUCUGUUCCUCUCUUGUUGUAACUUCUUCGUGAUGGUGUUGACAUUGAUUGUUGUGACUGUUGGUUCUGGUCUCACUACUGGUGUUUUCAUCUAUGUGAGACGUAUUUUGAACGACGAGAUCAAAAAGUACGGAGUCAAACCAUACCUUUCCGUCCAGAUGUAUGCAUUCUCAUGGUCUGCGGUAGUGGCUGCAUUGUGCCUCGUUGUUUUCAGCAUUUUGGGCUAUUGCUGUGGCUGUUUCAAAUCGGACCGUAGACGCAAGAGACAGGAGCCAGAGUUCAGAUAUGACCACAAGAUGUAG